GAAACAGAGAAUUUGGGAGAAAGGAGGAGAUGGCGAGCGAAGAAGAAAGAGCUGAGAGACUCCGUCGCCGCUCUCAACGAAGCACUUGCUUCUGAUCCUUCCAAUUCCGAACUUCGCUCCGUUCGGGAGGAGCUAGUGCGGUUGAUCAAAGAUGCGGAGGAUGGGCUUCUUCACCUGAAACGCGCACGGUUGUUGAAGGAAUUGGACGUGGCAGAGCGUAUCGACAUUGACGCCAUUACGGAUGGUGGAGUGGAAUCACUGGAGGAGGAAGAAGAUAGUGAUGAUGGGAGCUCUGCUAGGCUUGAUCCUGAAGCUAUAUCCCUAUUUCAGUACGCACUAGCGAGCGAGGAAGAAGAUAGUGAUGAUACAAGUGCAGAACAAUCGGAGUCCAGUGAUUAUGAACAAGAAGAAAGCGCCGAAGGUCUAGGAUUUCUUGGAAGCACCAACCAGCAAAGAGGCAUUCAAACCGAGACCGCCAUAUUUGCCAAGUGGGAGAAUCACACUAGGGGCAUAGCUUCCAAGAUGAUGGCAAAUAUGGGGUAUUGUGAAGGACUGGGUUUAGAAGCAUCAGGGCAGGGAAUGGCGAAUCCAAUGCCCGUGAAGGUCCUUCCAGAUAAGCAAUCUCUCGAACAUGUUCUGGAAUCUCAGAAACGUGAAGAGGCCGGCAAUGGAAAGCAAGCAAAAAAGCGGAGCAGAGGUGGGAAGAGAAAACGUGAUAAGAAGUUUGCUGCGCCAGUUAGAGCAGCCAAAUCUGCAAAGGAACUAAGGAAGAUGAAGAAACUCGUCCAGAUAUGUAUAGUUUCAUCAAGGACCAACUAG